AUUUAUGAACUGAGCUGAGCUGAGCGAACAUCUAUCGCCGGAGUUUGUGAGCUGGACAACUGGCUGUGUCAGCAGUGAUCAUUUCUUGGAGCUGCAAGUGCAAGAUUCUUUCUGAAUGUUCAUUUUUGAUGAAUCAAACGAUCUAUUCGAUUUUUUUUUGCUGGAGACAGUAUAUGAGAACGUGGUCUUAUAGUUGAUUAGAAAGAUUAAGCUGAGAAAUGGAGAAAUUUGACUCCGAUAAUGAAGAAUCUAGUUCUUCUGUCGAUCUGCAGGCGACGUUUGACAUCGAGAAGAAACCCUGUGAUGUGCGCCUCUCGGGCCAGUCGAUUACGUGGUGGGAGGCAUCCUCCACGCUGGGAAGGCAUCAUCAACUCCACAAUCACCAAUGUAUCCAGUUAAACCGUAUUGUAGGGAUUCGACUGAAGGGACCAGAGAAGCCUUCCACACCUGAUGGAAGUCACAUCAUCACCUUGACUCAGAUGGGUCAACUCUUUCAGGUGUUCACACCAUCAACACAUCAACCAUUAUUUAGCUUUACAGUAUAUGUUGGUAGGAGCAGUCGACACAUGAAAUGGAAAGUUCAAGCUGUCACAUUCUGCUCCCAUGAUCAGGAGCUUUGUCUGAACUGGGUCGAUAGAAUAAAAACAACUCUCCAGCAAGGUAACAGCAGACCAAAGCGAUUGCAUGUAAUAGUGAAUCCAUUUGGAGGUAAAGGAAAAGGACAGUCGAUCUAUGAGAGUAAGGUUGCGCCUCUAUUUGACCUCGCUGAUAUCGAGACCAGUAUGACAAUCACAGAAGGCCCCGAUCAUGCCAAGUCACUGAUGCAAAUGAUGGACUUAACUGGAAUUGAUGGUAUUGUAUCUGUUGGUGGAGAUGGUACGUUUGCUGAUAUUGUGAAUGGAUUAUUAAUAAGAACACAGGAAAAGGAAGGGAUAGACCCCAACAACCCUGCCUCUGUACCGGUCCCUCUUGGUCUUAGAGUAGGCAUCAUACCAGCCGGUUCAACAGAUGUGAUGGCAUAUGAUACGACAGGAGUUAACGAUCCCGUCACAUCUGCAUUACAAAUCAUUCUAGGUUUCUCCCUCGGUCUAGAUGUGUGUUCCGUCCAUCACAACAACUCUCUCUUAAGAUACACGGUCUCCUUCAUGGGUUAUGGCUUCCUGGGGGAUGUCCUCAAGGAAAGUGAAAACUACAGGUGGAUGGGACCCUCUAGAUAUGAAUUUGCAGGAGUCAAGAAAUACCUCAGACAUCAAGACUAUCUGGGAGAGGUUGCGUUCUUACCGUCAAAGGAUGAAGAUAAUACACCGUGGGAUAAGAGAGGGUGUAGGAUAGGGUGUGGGGUUUGCUCAAAGAGAAAAACACGAAAUCACCACGAAGCCCGCAAGAAAUCUGAUUACAUUGAUUCUUCGGAUUCGUCAUCCAAGUGGCGGCAUGUUAGAGGGCACUUCACAGCUAUCAACGCUGCCCUCGUGAGUGGACGAUGCUCCAGGACUGUGACUGGUAUGUCCCCGGCUGCUCAUCUAGGAAAUGGCUGCCUUGAUCUGGUUCUAGUGAGAAAAUGUUCAAGGUUUGACUACCUCAGACACAUGCUGAAGCUGGCUUCAUCGGGCAAUCAUUUCAACUUUGACUUUGUGGAGGUGCACCGCGCCAAGGCCUUCAAGUUCCGAUCUCUCAACACCGAUCUUGAGCUGGCCAUGGCUGCCGAACCCUCGACCCUUCACGAUGAACAGCAGACCUUCAGCAAGGGAAGCCCUAAGAGGUUUGGCAUGUACAAGGCUGUCAGGACCAGUAGCGUCUGCAGCACCAGCUCAUGGAAUAUGGACGGGGAGGUUGGGGAACCCCCUGAUAUAGAUGUCAGGGUGCAUUGUCAGUUAAUCAAGGUGUUUGCCCAAGGGCCAGACACACCAGAUGGUGAAGAGUUGCUUCAACAAUGUUGCUUCUGUCAGUCUCACAACUCGGAUCCCUAUGAAAUAUAUUCAACUCAGGACAAUGAUAUCACCGUAGCUGAUGAGAGGCCAAUAUGAGUGACCACUAAGUGACCAAAGAGAAACUGAUAGGAUUGUACCAUCAAGUGACAAUUGGGAAGAUACCACUAAGUGACCACUGUGAUAAGCAUUGGGCUUGACUGCUAGGAGUAACCACUAGAGUGACCUUCAUAUGAUGUUUUCACAUGAGUGAACACAACAAAGUGGCUGCAAAGAGUGACCAAUAGGAAGAUACUAUGAGUGACUGCUGUGAUUAGCAGUAGGCUUGACCGCUAGGAGUGGCUAUUAAAGUGACUUUCAUUUGUAGAUGAUCGACCCCUAAUUAAGUGACUGCAAGGAGUGACCAUUAGGAGGAUAACAUUAUUAAAGUGACCACUAUGAUUAGCAUUUGGCUUGACCACAGGAAGUGACUAUGAAGUGACCUUCAUGUCUUGUUAUAGGUGCACAAUUGCAGGUGUGAUUAUGAAGAGAGUCAACGGGUGGAAUGCACAGAUCUCUUUCGUACCCGUUAAAGUUCUCCAUGAAAUAGAUACUGGUAUUGCAGACGAGCAGUUUCUGCAAAUAAGUACCAAAGAACAACAAGCAAAGUUUUUUGUAGUGCAUACUGUAUUGUCGCAAGUUGUUUUUGUUUCAUUAUUUUUUAUCUUUUAUUCACACAGACCUUUGACAUGUAUAUUAAGGCGACCGCACACCUUACGAUUGGUCUGCGACCCGAUUUCAGAUUAAAAUGUAGUAGAAUUUGAUACUAAAAUUGAGACCUGGAAUAUCUUACUGUGAAAUGUUCUAAAUCAUCGUACGAAUACCACUGUUGAAAUCUGUGACUAUGCUAUCAUCCUUCUUAGAAUAAAAGCGAAUUUAAUAUCUACCGGUAGUCGUAAUGACGUCAUAGCAGUCGUACGAUUGGCUACGAUUUGAAACUAAUUUGGCCUUUACUCUGAAAAAAAGGCUUGCAAUCUUUCAAAAUGGUUAUAUUAGUAUUCUUUCAAUUAAUUUAAGCCUAAAAUAAAAGGAUAUGUUCCAUUCACAUUUUCAGAAAAUGAGCAAAAUGCGAUUUGUUCCAAAAUCGGAUCGCAAACAGUCGUAAGGUGUGCGGUGUCCUUUAGUAUUCACUACACUGGCAUUGCAUAAUGAUAAGUAUGAAUCUUUUCUGUAUAAUAUGAUUAGAUCUAUUAUGAUUAAUAGUAUACAAAUAAUGAAUGUUUAUGAGUGCAAUGUACGGAAUACUUCAUGUCAUGAGGUAAGAGAUGAAAUGAUCCAUUCAACGAGGUGUAGCCGAGUUAAAGAUAAAUUCCAGUUGUGGGAACGAUCUCAAAAUGACUUUUUACAGAAUUUAAUAUAAUGAUCACCAAAGUGUCUGUUUGUAUGAAUAAAAAAUAUGUGCCAAAGGAUUCUGGAAGAAAUUGUGUAAUUGCUGAGAAAUAAGCAAAAUAAGCGUGGAUUCGGUCACUUCCGUCGGGUCUUUAUUCCAGCAAUAAUAAUACACUGUCCCACGUGUGCCUAUCUGUGUUGGCGAUCUUUAGUGUGAUCGUUUUUUAGCUAGAUAUUAUGAUUUCAAAAAGUUCAGUUUAUGUAACUGUACCAGAUCUAGAUCCACGAUGAUAUAUCAAUACUUUACUUUGGUUUUACAGACUUUCUACGAAAUCAGUGUUUUACUGCAACUACGUUCAUUUAGCUUUAAAUAGAUUAUUCAUUUCAUCUUUUACCAAGUAAGUAUUCUAUCCAUUGCAUGAGUGAAAAGAAUAUUCAUUAUUUGAUUUAUAUGACGCCUAAAAUUAGAUCCUUUUGAUUUGACAGUUAUAGAUUUGAAUUCAAAAGUGCAUUAAUUGCAAACAAGGUAUGCUGAUUGUCGCAUACAUAUAACACAUGCACUGCAAACACAAGUGUUUUUACGUGUAGUGCUGUUGGUCUACCUCGGCGAGCGUGCAAUGGACAAAAUCGCACAGAUAAUGACGUCAUUGUAAAAUGGGCUGAAUGAUCGACAUCAAACAACCAAUCAAUGACAAGGAUCUAUCUUGGUGUCAUAUAAGUAUAGAUAUUAAUCACAUACAGAAUGGCCAAAUCUUGCUAGAUGUUUUAAAAUGUCUACCUCAACUUUAAAAAAUCAUCUGCUCUUGACCUCAAGCAAAAGAGAGUUUUUAUUAACAAGACUAAGAAAAUCAGCUUUGUAUCGGUUCAGUAAUGGAAGUUAUUGUUCAUGUAUAUAUCCUAUGGAUAAAAUAAAUUGUGAACUUCGUUCCACGGUAGCAUCUUGCAAUACUUGUUUGUUAAUGAUGCAUUAUGGGAAACUACAUGUAUAAGUAGCAAAUGAAGCACUGUGACAUAUACUGAGAAUAAAAGGAAUUUAAUCGUGACUUUUGACAGAAAAGAUGGGAAAAGGUUGAUUGUGGGAAAAAUUAUGUGCUAAAUACCAACAUUUCUUAUUUGUGGAAAUUUUUGUCAUUUUGAUCUGUAGUUGGUUUACUGAGUGGUUUAAGAUGUGUACUUGCUGAAUAUGAUCUGAAAUCUUUCAUCUUGUAUAGUUAUUAUGUUUAAAGUGAUUACAUCUAGGCCUGAUUACACGACCAGAUACACACAAAAACAUACCAGAUUACUUUCAUAUUGAAUAUUGUGCAAUAGGGUUUGAUUAAUCAAGCUGAAUAUAAAAUUGUGAUUAGGAUUUAUCGAAAGUAGAAUUUAAGUAUCUUUCUUUAUUUCUUACUGCAUAUUUUUCUCUUGCAUACCACAUUGAUAUAUUACCGGUAAAGAUAAAUUCUUUAUAAAAGAGUUCUGUGAAAAUGAGUGGGUGACAUACUUUUUUUCUUCUGAUUUUAAUCUAAUUCAGUUCACUCAAAAGUCUUGUAACUAUCCAUUAUUUUCUAAAAAUUGUGCACUGAAUAUUGAACAUAUUUGUUUUUUUUAUUGAAUAUAUGCUAAUGUUUCUCAUUCACCCAGUCCGUAAAGUGUGUGAACUUAACUUAGUACUCCUAUAGAUGGAUUUAGUAAUAUAUACUUUAGGUGGUAUACUAGUAUAAGAUUUCUGUCCAAAAUGACAUGAAUAUUCAGAGUUAAAAAACUAGUACAAUGAUUCUGGUUGCUUGUAAGUGUAUUAACUUGCCCUUAUGAUGAAUGCCUUUCAUGAUUAGAGUUUCAUCUGAAAUAUUAUAAAUUCCUUUUGGUUCAUCGUCUCGUGUCUGCAUGUUAGCGGGUCAUUAGGAUUUACAUGUACGCCAAUUCCCAUUCUUGUUGGUCAUGCAGAAGGGCAUUAAAACCGUAUAUUUAGCAUAGCACAUGGUUGAUCUAACGCCCUUAUGCCAUCCACCCAUGCAACCUACUGCCCUCAGUUCUGCCCAUUAUUUUAUCUUAGAUAAAAUAUGGGCAAUGCAGGAAAGCCGCCGUGAAAAGACGUAUAGCGCCUUUGUAGUGGGAUUUCUGUCAAAGGGGCCUUUUGGCAAGUUGCCGGGGGGGGGGGGGGGGGCGCAAUGAAAAUUGGCUGAAAAGGGAAAGGUGUUAUUUGCCCUUACAUGAAGUAUUAUCAUUGCACAAAGGAAAACGAAUGUUUUAAAAGUGAAACAAGUGAAAAUUAAUUAUUGUAUGUUGUGUCUAAUUUACUCACAAUGUUGCAUGUAGAAUAUUUCUUAAAAGUUGCAUGUAAAAAAGAAUAGUCUGCUCUAUCACAUUCCAAUGCUGUUAAUUUUUUAUACUUGACCAUUUAUAAAUAUCUUAUAUGUUUAUCUGUGUGGGAAAGCCUUAAAAUGCAAGGCCAAUGGCUGAUGAUAUUUUGUGCAAAUCAAAACUAUACAAUCUCUUAUAGACGUCUAAUUAUGGCUAAAGAUUGCCCAUUUAAUUGAAAAUGUUUAUUAUUUCUAUGCAUGUAUUGUGUUAAUUUAUAAUGACUUUUCUAUUGUAUUCACAAUAUUCACUGUUGGCUCUUUGUCACGUCCAUCUGAUAAAUGCUCCCCGUUGGCAGAAAAUGAUGAGGAUGAGGAUAAUGAUGAAACCAAAAGUUUUUGAAGAGAUGCCAAUUUAUUAGAUAAUUUUAUUUGAGGAGAGUAGUUCUUUCCAGUCCUAGUUGAUAACUUAUUCCAUGUUUGAUAUGACAGAGAGAUCUUAGACAAUGCAUAGGCAUUGUUCACAUAUGAUGCUUUGAAUGGCCUUAGAAUGUUGCUGUGGCAAAGUUACUGUUAGAGGGCGUCCACCCUUACUGUGGUAAAAAGAGUAACAGGAUAGAGGAACUUAAAAAAAAAAUUGAGAUUUAAAGUUUAGAUCUUUUGUUUAAGUUUCUAUGUAAAGUUUGGUUUGAACUCAGAACUUGGGUACCAAAUCUUAGAUAUGAACUUUGGUUUGGACAUGAAGUUCAAAUCAAUCUGAAGUCAUAACUUCACUUUCUGAUGGGUUGUAAAAUCAAGUUGCAUUUGAUUUUCCCUGGGUGUGAUGUUUCAUAAAGCUUAUUAAGCUGAUUUUUUUCAUAGAAUCACACUAUUCUGUAUGUGAAUGGAAUGGAAGCUUGCAAAAUACACUAGUGUCGUCUCAUUUAUCUCAACUUACUAUUGACUAGUUACAGCUUUCUUACCAAAAUUAUGAAUUCAGUUUAUGAAUUAAAGAUGGACUUCCCCUGUCGGUUUUCAUUGCAUGCAACAUGCAACUAAUGUUUGUUAAGAUGAUUUUGAGCAUCGUAUAUGAACAAGCCUUCUAAUAGAUGAAAUGCCACAUAAUCUCUCAAUUAGAUAGGGGAAAAUGAAUGAUUUUGCUUGAACUUCUGUCUCAAGAUGAAAGCAUGGAUUCCCUUUUUAGUGUGCAAUAUUUUAUGUCAUUUGCAUUCUGCAAGCACUUUUAAGCUGUGUGUUAAUAUUAAAUGUACAUUUUCAUCCGAGAUGAUAAAAGUUUAGUUUUGAAUGGUGUUGGUAUGAUUUUCAUUUUGUUCAUUUGAGUGUCAGGUCGAUUACUAUAAGUGUUCCUAUAAGUUUUGUAAUCAAUUGCAAAUUUGCAAUAGACUUGUACAUCAACAUAUUCAAAGUUAUCAUACAUACUCUAUAAAAAGAGGUUCUUGAUGACCUGGAAGCUUGCCAUAGGCUUGUCAGACAUAGCAGCAAGUAAUCUUUGCAAUCUGGAUUCCAAGUAUUGUUGUGUAAUGCUAUAACAGAAUAAGGAUUAUUUUGUUACCAGGUUCCCAGAGAAGAAAUGUUGAUAAAUUUGAAUCACAUAGUAAACAGGCCUUGUAAUUGAUGUUCCACUUCUUGAAAGUAGAAAAAAUAGAUAUGAAUUGUUAUUGAUUGUAAACAAGUUUCUUGCAUCACUCCUCAAAAUUGUUGUAUACAUUAUAUCUGUAGGCUGAAUGAUGGGAUUAUAUCUGCACUUCUAUACUGCACGCACAUGACAUCUGGGCAAUUUCAUAUUAAAUAUGCAUGUACCUCCAACCCCCUCUUUGUGGGAACUACCUACCUGAAAUGAUCUGUAUCCUUUUCUUACUUCAUGUGAAAAGAUAAAUUCAUCGCAAAUUUCAUGUCUAAAAAUUAAAAGGCGAUAGUAAAAAUAUGAUUUGGACCAUGUUCAUAGAUAUUUACUGUACAUUUUUUUGUAUCCUUCAGUUUGGUGGUGUUUUCUUUCAAUGUGUUUUUUUAGGGUAAUUUUGUCAACCAUAAUUGGGGGAGGGGUUAAAGUGUUUCAUUAACGUUGACUUAUGAAUAGACCUCUGGGCUAACAUUCAAAUUUUAUACUUACUUUGUGAACAAAGUUUAUCUUGGUAGCUUGGGUGCCCAAGGCUUGCCAGGCAUAGCAGAAGAAAAAUCUGAAAUAAUACAGCAUGUAUUGAAAAUACUGCAGGUUUUAAAAUUACGUCGCCACUUGGUCUUUAUACCCAGUUCCCACUGUCACGAUUUACGCCACAAUUGAAAUGGUGAUCUAAAUCUUGGAGUAAGCGCAAUGAUCGUAUCAGAUCAGUCCAGGCAAUCGUAUUGAUCGUAGAAAUUUUUUGAAUUGUUAAAAAAAAACUGCGAUCAGUUACGAAAGACCAAUCGUGGUGUUUGUAAUGGAUCACAAGACAGUGGGAGAGAGGUAUUAGGAAAGACACCUCUAAAAUAAAUUUAAUAGGAAGUAACAUGGCUCAUAUUCAUAACUUUAAUAGGCCAAGUUAUCAUCUAGUUAACAACUAGUCCAGUUGAUUUGACAUGUGCAUUGCGGGUUACAGUCUAUGGGCCAAAAAAAUUCUUCAAUUUAUAAAUCAAUUUUUGAUUCCCCCAAUCCCCAUGUUAUGUCUAACUUAAUCAUCUUAUUACACAUAAUUGAUUGGUGAUUGUUUUUAUGUCUGAAUGUGAUGCAGAUUACAGGUCACAAUUCUUUUUUUUUGUUCAGUCACAUGACUGCAUUUUCCAGUCUUUUUUAAUAUUAUCCUGCUUAGUUGUAAUAUGAUACAUUUCAAUCAUGAUGGAAAUAAAGCUAUUGUGUACUUAAACCUAA